AUGAGUGAUACUGGUGAACCCGGGAAUGGGGAUGUUUUUGAAGAGGCGGAAAGGGCACUUAAUAUUAAAAUACCAGAAAUUUUGAAAAACUUAUUGAAUAGCUGUGGCUAUGAAAAUGAAGCUUUAAUAGCUGGAAUGACCAAAGCAACUAUAACAGAAAUAGAAAAGUUUGCGAGGACUGAUUUAUUUCAGCUCAUCGAUGAGGAAGAUCGAGCAAAAUACUAUGGAAUAUAUAGCAAAAAUCCUAAAAUUUACAAAAUGCUACCCGCACACCAACAAGUCCUACUUUGGAUGAUCGAACAUUUCAAAAAGAAAAGAAAAUCACACAAAAAAGAAAUUCAAGCAUCUGCGCCAAGCGAAGCGCCAGCUAAUCGAGAAGGGUCCCCUAAGAAGAGGUCAAAAACUUCUGUUGAAUCUUCAGAAUUGUUGAGUGACGAAUCCCAAGAGGAAGAACUUCAUCCCGAGAACAAUGCUAGGGAGAUUACCAAUCAGAAACCUGUCGUGAACCGAGCUGUGAACUUGACAGACGAGAAUGCUUUGAUUUUUCGAAAUUUGAAGAAAUGGGCAAAAUCAAAAGCAAAAGCCGAUUUAUGGGAAACGCUUCCGCAUAAAUUCGAUGAUAUUAAAAUUGUAACUUCACUCGACCAACAAGAGAUGUUCUCGAAAGUAACCUGCUUCUGUAACGCGACAUACAAACUCCCCAAAAUACUUAAACCUGGGAAAAAGCAGAAAAGUUGGAUUUACUCAAAUUUUCAUACACACUUCAUGACUAAACAUUUCAAAACACCAACCACCUCGGCAUUUGAUGUAUCGACAGAAAUUUCAGCACGUCCUCAACAACAGUCCAUCACUUCCUAUUUGGUAACUAAUGAUCACGAGAUUAAUCCUAUCCUGAAUAAAAAGUCAUCAAAAGUUAAAAUUCUUGGUAACGUCGUUUUAUCUCCUUCCCGAGCUCCUGCCUCACAUUCCACCAAUACUUUGCCGAAAAAACUGUGUGAUGUUUAUCUAGACUCAAGGUUUCAAUCCGCUAUGAGCACUGCUUUCGGCACGGCUUCUGGUACCCUCUCAGAGGCAAACAGCAGCGACCCCACCGAGGACCACACCGGUCUCUUUGAAGCUAACGAUAGGUGCUUAGACAGUAUUGAUGAAUCAACGAAUACCUCAUCGAAUCAACUGUGCAAAAUCGACAACCAAGAUAUGGAUAAAGUACCAUCAAAAUGGAAAAGACAGAAAUAUCAGAGGCAUGAAAGAGUGAGACGAGCUAGAGAAAACUUAUUAGACGACCAAAGUUUAAUCACGAAUUACUUUUUUAUUGCUGAAAAAGUGAGUGAAGUAGUAAGUAGAAAUAGUGGACUAGCUGAUGAACUUUUGGAGAACAUAAGUGAAAUAGAAACUGUCCAAAACACUGAUAAUUCUGUGUCUGAGUUACCGCGAUUACUCAAAACAUUGCAGGAUUUAUCACUCAAGAAUUCCACUUGCUCAAACAAUAGAAACAGAUACGAUGAUGCUACAAAAAAAUUCGCAGUAUACCUGUUUUAUAUUGGGGGGAGGUUACUUUAUGAAACACUAAAGGCAAAUUUAGAGAAUAGUUUACCUUCAAUUUCUACCCUAAAUAGAUUCUUGGACACUAGAAACGAGCCUCUACAAGAAGGAGGAUUUGAUUUUAAAGGCCUAUUAAAACACUUAACUGAUCGAGGUUUACCAAAAAUGAUUUGGGUAUCCGAGGAUGGCACUCGCGUAACAGGCAAAAUUGAAUAUGACAGCAAAUCUAAUAAUGUAAUAGGAUUGGUUUUACCAUUGAGGGAUGGUCUGCCUCAACAAGGUACGUUUCCUGCCACUUCUGCUGAAGCAAUCAAGGCAUAUUUUCAAACCGGAGUAAAAGCAACAUAUGCUUAUGUAAUAAUGGCACAACCGUUACAUGUUGGGGCAUCAACAUACUGCUUGUCCUUAUUCGGAACUGAUAAUUCAUUCACUACUGAACAGGUCACUUUGAGAUGGGAAUGGAUGAAGAAGGAAGCUAAAAAAUUUGGCAUCACAAUUAUGGGAUUUUCCUCAGAUGGCGAUACUCGCCUUCUCAGAGCUAUGCGCUUAAAUACUGAUUUGAUUUCCCGUUUAGCUCCUGAAUAUAAGGAAAGAAACCAAACAAACCCAGAAGAUACAGAGGUACUUGAUUCAUUGCCAGAUUGGGAGUGGUACCACUGCAGCAUUGAAAAAAAUGAAGAAUGUUAUGUACAGGACACCAUCCAUAUUUUAACAAACAUGCGUACUCGUUUCCUAAAACCUGGAAUAAAUUUGCCAAUUGGGAAAUAUACUGCCACCUCUGAUCAUCUUAGACAGUUGAUCUUGAAGGUUUCAAAAGACAAACAUCUUCUAACAGAUUCUGAUCUCAGAAGUGAAGACAAGAUGAAUUUCGCAUCGGCAGAAAAAAUGUGCAACAACUUGUUGACAAGUAACUGUUACCUUUGUAUCGAGAUUAACGCCCAUGCUUUAAUUAAACUAAUACUCAAGCUUAAAAGCGGUGAGUUGAAACCAGAGAUGUUCAGCAUCAAUAUUUUCGGUAGCCAAGCAUGUGAAUCCUUAUUUCGAGCUGCUAGGUCCAUGACCUCUACAUAUUCCACAAUAAUUAAUUUUAGUAUAAAGGAUAUGCUGAACCGAAUUGAGAGAAUUAAGACAACAAUUGAUACCAUAAACGAUCUGAGGGGGACUUUCACAUUUCCAAGGGAAGAAAAAAGAUUAAAAGACAGACUGAUGAAAGAAAAUUUACCACGUGAAGAUGAAAUUCUCAAUUUGGAUAUCAAAGCUAUAAUUGAAGAAGCUCUACAAAAUGUCAUAGAGGACAUGAGAUAUUUCGGCCUCAAUGCAAAAGAAAACGAUUGGAAAUUUAUGCAGGUACCAUUGAUAAAACGGAAACAAAAUAUCGGAGUUACACAGGAGAACGUAAACAUGAACGAAGACGACGUUGAAGUUGGCGAGAACUGUGAAGAAAAUGAAAUUGACCAUGAUGUGGCAAACACAAAUAAUAUUAGUGAUGAGAGCAAUAUAGUUAUGAACGAGGUUAUGGACUUAAUUUCGGAGAAUAUUUCCUCGGAGAUUUCUAAUGAAGAUGGCGAAGGUGAUACUUUGGAAACGGGUUCUAUAAAUUUAAAAGACUUUUCCGGAAAAGUGCAUGUUGUAUCGGAAAAAUCACCGUAUAUUGAAGUAGUUAUCGGUAAAAAAACCUCAAUUAUCAAAAAGUCGUCGUACUGCUGGCUUUUAGAUCAGUCCAACGGUAGAGUAAGCACUGACCGAUUAAAAAGAUUUAUAGGCAGUACAAGGAAAGCACCUCGGAAAACACCUGAGAAAUCAGCUUCCAAAAACUCCGAGCCAACCUUGAAAAAGACUAAACAGAAGCUACCCAUGGAUCAAGCUAGUGGCACAAGCACUGACUCAUCCACUGAUUGGGACGUGAUGGAAUUAGACGACUCCGAUGAUUUGGAAGAGUUUUCAGAUGAGAUGUUGCCGUGUCAAUCAGAAAAUUUAUCGGAAACUGCCGUACCGGAGAUACAUUUAGAAAACUAUUAUGCGGUUUUCUAUGACCAAUCAUGGUUCAUUGGUCGAAUAAUUGAAGAUAAAGGAAACGCAUAUUAUAAAAUAAAGUUUCUGAAAGCAGAGCUCGACACAUUUAUUUGGCCCCGAAAAGAAGACAUUGAUACCGUUUAUAAAGAUUUUAUUUUCUACGGACCUAUUAAUUUAAUUGGUGGAGGCCCAUUCGAGUUAAAACGGGCAGACCAAGUUAAUAUUAAGAGCAGGUAUAAGGUAUAA